AGAGUGGCAAGAUAGAAGAGAACAUCUUGUUUGGUAAGGAGAUGGAAAGAGAAAGGUAUGAAAGGGUCCUUGAUGCAUGUUCCUUAAAGAAGGACCUGGAGGUUCUCUCAUUUGGUGAUCAGACAGUAAUAGGUGAGUGGGGAAUCAAUAUGAGUGGUGGCCAGAAGCAAAGAAUACAGAUUGCACGUGCGCUCUACCAAAAUGCUGAUAUUUAUCUGUUUGAUGACCCCUUCAGUGCCGUGGAUGCUCAUACAGGAACCCAUCUCUUUAAGGAAUGUUUGCUGGGUCUCUCGGGUUCGAAAACAGUGAUUUAUGUUACACAUCAAGUAGAGUUCUUACCUGCUGCUGAUCUCAUACUGGUCAUGAAAGAUGGAAGGGUUACACAAGCAGGAAAGUACAAUGAAAUUCUCAACUCUGGAACUGAUUUUAUGGAACUUGUUGGUGCACAUAAGAAAGCUUUGUUAGCACUCAAUUCUGUAGAGGCAGGGUCACUUUCAGAAAAAUUAAGUAUCCUUGAGGAUAGUGAUAAUAUUGGUGGUACUUCUGAAGUAGUUGAAAAAGAAGAAAACAGAGGUGGCCAAAAUGGUAAAGCAGAGGAGAUAGAUGGACCAAAAGGUCAGCUUGUUCAAGAAGAGGAGAGAGAGAAAGGUAAAGUUGGGCUAUGGGUUUAUUGGAAAUACAUCAGGACAGCAUAUGGAGGAGCUCUUGUGCCCUUUAUAUUGUUGUCACAGAUUCUCUUUCAGCUGCUUCAGAUUGGAAGCAAUUAUUGGAUGGCUUGGGCAAGUCCCGUGUCAGAUGAUGUGAAACCUGCAGUUAGAGGUUCUACUCUCAUAAUUGUUUAUGUAGCUUUGGCUGUUGGAAGUUCUUUUUGCGUCCUUUCCAGAGCCAUGCUUCUUGUAACAGCUGGUUACAAGACAGCUACUAUACUCUUCAAUAAAAUGCAUUUGUGCGUCUUCCGUGCCCCAAUGUCAUUCUUUGAUGCCACCCCAAGUGGGCGAAUUCUAAACAGAGCUUCUGCAGACCAAAGUACGAUCGAUACAACCAUGCCAAUGCAAGUUGGGGCAUUUGCCUUCCAAUUGAUUCAGCUCCUGGGAAUUAUUGCAGUUAUGUCACAGGUUGCAUGGCAGGUUUUCAUUGUCUUUAUUCCUGUGAUUGCAACCUGCAUCUGGUAUCAGCAAUAUUACAUACCUUCAGCACGAGAACUGUCAAGAUUGGCUGGAGUAUGCAAAGCUCCAGUAAUUCAACAUUUUUCUGAAACUAUAGCAGGAUCUAUGACCAUCAGAAGCUUUGAUCAAGAAUCUAGAUUCAGGGAUACAAACAUGAAAUUGGUAGAUGGGUAUUUACGGCCCAAGUUCAACAUUGCUGGUGCAAUGGAAUGGCUGUGCUUCCGCUUGGAUAUGCUAUCUUCUGUUACAUUUGCCUUCUCUUUGGUUUUCUUAAUCUCUGUUCCAGAGGGAGUAAUUGAUCCUGGUAUUGCGGGCCUAGCAAUGACAUAUGGACUUAAUUUGAACAUGAUACAAGCUAGGGUAAUAUGGAAUCUUUGCAAUAUGGAGAAUAAAAUUAUAUCAGUUGAGAGAAUACUUCAAUACACUUCCAUUCCAAGCGAGCCUCCUCUUGUCACAGAAGAAAACAGGCUAGCAUGUUCUUGGCCUUCACAUGGAGAAGUUGAUAUUCAGGAUUUGCAGGUCCGCUAUGCCCCACACAUGCCACUUGUAUUGAGAGGUCUCACAUGCACUUUCCUGGGAGGAAUGAAGACUGGCAUUGUAGGGCGAACUGGCAGUGGUAAAUCAACCCUCAUACAGACCCUCUUUCGAAUUGUUGAACCUGCCGCUGGUCAGAUUAUGAUAGAUGGUACCAACAUCUCUUCUAUUGGACUAAAUGAUUUGCGGACUAGACUAAGCAUUAUCCCUCAGGAUCCAACCAUGUUUGAAGGGACUGUACGGAGCAACCUUGACCCACUUGAAGAGCACUCAGAUGAACAGAUUUGGGAGGCUCUGGAUAAGUGCCAGCUUGGAGAUGAAGUCAGGAAGAAAGAAGGAAAGCUAGAUUCUGCAGUUAUUGAGAAUGGAGAGAAUUGGAGCAUGGGUCAGAGGCAACUGGUUUGUCUUGGCAGAGUUCUACUGAAGAAAAGCAAGGUCUUAGUGCUUGAUGAAGCUACUGCAUCAGUUGAUACAGCCACGGAUAAUCUGAUUCAGCAAACCCUUAGACAACACUUUGUCGAUUCCACAGUCAUAACCAUUGCACAUCGAAUUACUUCUGUUCUUGAUAGUGACAAGGUUCUACUUCUGGAUCAUGGGCUUAUUGAGGAAUACGAUACCCCCACCAGAUUGCUAGAGAACAAGUCGUCAUCUUUUGCAAAGCUUGUAGCAGAGUACACUGUGAGGUCACAUUCUAAUCUUGAAAAUGCGGGUGAUAUCUGAACCAGCAAGCACGCCUGUUGCACCGGUCAAAAACUUCAACUUAAAAUCUUGCGUGACAAUGACGACAACUAAACUGCAGUUACAAUCCCAAAUGCAGUAGUUGAUAAGCACUCAAAACUGAUGUUUUUCCAUACAUAAAAAUAGGCUUUUAAAUAACUUUUGAGUGCAAAUCAUUAUCUUGUAACUUAAAUAUUUGCAAAGCCUCAAAUUGAGGAUUAAUAUGUACAUCUAAUGAAGAAUGCAAGGAAAAAGAGGAAUUUUGAUGCAUAA